GCCCCGCCGCCGCCGCCCGUUCGGCACAAUGGGGGCGUAGCGGCCGGCGGGGGGGGGGCGGCGGCGGCGGCGGUGGCGGGCGGGGAAGCGGCGGCGGAGCACGGGGGAGCCCGGUGGCGGUGCCGGCGGGCGGCAUGGUGCAGCGAUCCGCACGGGGCCGGGGCGCGGAGGGUCGGCGGGAGCCGUGCCCCCCGGUUCCCGGUCGAGCGUCGGAACCGGCGUGGUGCAAGACGCCCAGCGGGCACAUCAAGCGGCCCAUGAACGCCUUCAUGGUGUGGUCGCAGCACGAGCGCCGCAAGAUCAUGGACCAGUGGCCCGACAUGCACAACGCCGAGAUCUCCAAGCGCCUGGGCCGCCGCUGGCAGCUCCUGCACGACUCCGAGAAGAUCCCCUUUGUCCGCGAGGCCGAGCGCCUGCGCCUCAAGCACAUGGCCGACUACCCCGACUACAAGUACCGGCCGCGGAAAAAGGGCAAGGUGGGCGCCGCCGCCGCUCGCCCGCGCCUCCCGGUCAAGAUCAAGCCCUCGGUGCUCGGCCGCGUCCCCGCCGGGCGAAGGCAGCACGCCAAGCCGUCCGCCGGCCCCGAACCGGGCGCGCCGCGGGAGCCGGAUGCCGAGGUGCCCGCCGAGGACUGCCCCACGGCUCCCGGCACGGCCGCCUGGCCCCCGGUGCCCGCCGGCGAGCGCAGCCCCGCCGAGCCCCCCGCGCCCCCCAGCCCCGCCGCCGCCGGUGCUGAGCCGGGGACGUCCCCGGAGAGCGGGACGCCCUCGCCCAUGUCGGCCGGGUCGCCGCCCUCCUCCUUCAGCUCCUCCGACGAGGAGCUGGAGGAAGAGCUGCUGGGCGUCGUGCCCGGCCGGGCCCCCGCCAGCACGGCCUGCGGCGCCCUGGACUGGUGCGGCUUCGACAAGGACCUCGACCUCUUCCCGCGGGGAGGCUCCUCGCACUUCGAGUUCCCGGACUAUUGCACGCCCGAGGUGACGGAGAUGAUCGCGGGGGACUGGCUCAUGUCCAGCAUCUCGGACUUGGUCUUUACCUACUGAGUGCCGCGCUCUGCAGACAUUCGUGCGGAGGCGCCUGUGCCGCGGGGGAUCCCCUGCCCGCAGCCACCCCGCGCCCUGGUGCCAGCAGCGAGCCCAGGCCGGGGCCAAGCCGUGCCCGGGGCAGCCCAGCUGGGAUUUAGCACCCGUGGGGCACCCUUGGAGCCUGCGCCCGUGCCAGGCUGGCUCCCUGUGGCCAAGCAGAGCCGGGUCCCACCGUGCCCAGCUGCCGUGUGCUGUGCCAGCAGCGAGCAUGCAGGCAGGGCUCUGGGAAGGGCUGCUGCGGGAGAUCUGCCUGAAGCCAGCCCCCGAACGGGGCCGCCGGCAGCGAUGCUGGCGGGUUUGCGGGCUGCGGGCAGCGCUCCGGCACGGCGAUGCUCCGCGAUGCGCCCUGGUGUCGGCCGUGCCGUGAGCACGGGCUUCACCGCAGAGCACCGCCGCCGAGCUUCCCAGCAGGGCAGGUCCUGCCGCAGAGGCUCCCCCAGCCGGGUUUUUUUCUUUGCUUUUCCUAAUGGCUCCUUCCGCAGCGAUCCGCCUCCUGCCGCUGCCUGCGAGCACGUGGCCGCGGGGCCGGCCGGCGGCAGGGUGGGCUGCGCGGGCAGGGGGCUGCGCUCAGGGAGGGCUGGGCUGCCCGGGGCGGGUGGUGGGGGCCCCGAGC